CUACAGCUUUUAAUCCGUGAGUGUGCGUCUGUUUCCCAUGUCGCUGCGAGUCAGAGUCAGGGAUUCAGGAAAUGAAGAGAACACACACUGCGGCGAGAUCUGAGCACGAGGAAGUGUGAAAUCAACCUUAAACUCUGGAGCUGGAUAUGAGCUAGAAGAGGACCAUGAUUCACUCAAAUAGCUCCUCACACUCGGUGUUCUGCUGCUGCUGCGCCGUGCAGACCAGAGAGUUCAGUACCCACAUGGAGCUGGAGGACAGACCCUCCUCUCUGUGCUUCCCAAGCAGACGGUACCCGGGACGAGCCUGCAGGGUGGACCGGUCCAGGAGGAAGCUCCCCCUCCCUCCUCCUGAUGAAGGCGACAAUGAAGGUCAGUCUCUGCUCAACGUCAUCGCCAUGUACGACUUCACCGCCAAGGAGGAGACCGACCUCACACUGAAACAGGGGGAGGAGUACGUGAUUCUGCACAAACAGGACCAGCUGUGGUGGCGAGCGCAGGACAAACACGGGAAUAAAGGCUUCAUCCCCAGUAACUACGUGACGGAGAAGAACAGGAUCGAGGCGAACUCCUGGUACUGUAAGAACAUCACAAGAACAGAAGCGGAGCAGCUGCUGAGACAGGAGGACAAGGAGGGAGGGUUCGUGGUGCGGGAGUCGAGUCAGAAGGGAGUUUACACCGUGUCAGUCUACACCAAAACAUUAAGCAAUGUGAACGGAGAUGUCCGGCACUACCAGAUCAAACUGACCGACAGCGGUCUGUUUUACCUGGCUGAGAAACACACCUUCAGCUCCAUCCCUGACGUCAUCCAUUACCACGAGCACAACGCUGCAGGUCUAGUGACCAGGUUGAGGUAUGCAGUCGGUCCGAUGGGUCGCUGUGUACCGGCCACUGCAGGAUUCAGCUCAGAGAAGUGGGAGAUUAACCCCAGUGAGCUGACCUUCAUGAAGGAGCUGGGCAGUGGGCAGUUUGGGCUGGUGAGGCUGGGGAAGUGGAGGCAUCAACAGCGAGUCGCCAUCAAGGCCAUCAGAGAGGGAGCCAUGCUGGAGGAGGACUUCAUCGAGGAGGCCAAGGUCAUGAUGAGGCUGUGCCACCCGAAGCUGGUGCAGCUGUACGGGGUCUGCCUGCAGCGGCGCCCCCUGCUGAUCGUGGCUGAGUUCAUGCAGAGCGGCUGCCUGCUCAACUUCCUGCGGCAGCGGGCGGCCGGUCUGAAGGGGGUGUGGCUGCUGUCUAUGAGUCAGGACGUCUGUGAGGGCAUGGAGUACCUGGAGAGCCAGAGCUUCAUCCACAGGGACCUGGCAGCGAGGAACUGUCUGGUGAACGAGCACAACGUGGUGAAGGUCAGCGACUUUGGGAUGACCAGGUACGUGUUGGAUAACCAGUACACCAGUUCCAGUGGUGCGAAGUUCCCGGUGAAGUGGUCUCCCCCUGAAGUCCUGCACUACAGCAAGUACAGCAGCAAGGCCGACGUCUGGUCCUUCGGUGUGACGAUGUGGGAGAUCUACGCUGAGGGAGCGACCCCCUUUGAGAGCCGCUCUAACGUGGAGGUUGUGACUGAGAUCACCAGAGGGGUCCGACUGUACCGACCACACCGAGCCUUGCAGCCCAUCUACGCCAUCAUGUACCGUUGCUGGCACGAGAAGCCUCAGGGUCGUCCAUCUUUCUCCGAGCUCCUGGAGGACAUCAGGAAACUGGCAGAAAAUCCGGAUUAACACAUUCCUUUUUAUGCAUCACUGACUAUCGAACCGAUCUCCUGAAUGUACACAAAUAGUUUUUUGUCUUUGUAAAUAUUUAUUUUUACAAUAAAACCUGUUUCUGAUGAAGCCAGCAGGGGGUGGUGGAGAGCUGAUGUGUUUGCGUUGGAUAUAAAGCUGUUUAUUAAUAGCUCGUUGUAAUGACUGUAUAGUGCAGUUUGUAAAUGUAAAAUAAAUAUAAAUAGGUCAGAUUUGGGAAGAUGACCUAAACGAGCUUUCA